CUGCAUUACUUUUAUGUUUAUCAAUAUUUAGGAGGAUAUACUCCUUUUAAUGAUCCUCCACAAGGAGAGGUACUCGUCGGCGGACCAAACAUAUCACCGGGCUAUUGGAAGCAGCCAGAGAAGACAGCUGAAGAUUUUGUAACCAUUGAUGGCGAACGAUAUUUUGCUACUGGUGAUAUUGGAGAAUUUCGUGAAGAUGGCUCAUUACGUAUCAUCGAUCGAAAAAAAGAUCUGGUAAAAUUACAACAUGGCGAAUACAUGUCGUUGGCGAAGAUUGAAACCGCGCUUUUGAAUUUCCCAUUAGUUGAUAAUAUUUGCGUCUACGGUGAUCCGCUCUCAUCAUAUCUGAUUGCACUCGUCGUGCCGAACCGAAAGCAUCUGGGAGAAAUUGCUAAGGAAGUAAGUGGAUUGUUCUUUAAGGAAACUCUUUGAGA